GUCUACUGCGAUAAGCGUAGGCAAUCAAUCACGUAAUUGUUGACUCUCACGAAAUACCAAACUCCAUUUCUAAUCCCCACUUGCACCUUUUGAAAUGAGAAAACAUUCGCUCAAACUUACAGCAUUUUUAUAAUCGGCUUCUAUACCGACGACAUGGUGAAGAAUAUCUUACCCUUGUUGUUUCUUUUUAAUUCCUUAAACGGAGGAUUGGGAAUUUCGGAAAAGGAAUUCGUCUGCCCGAACCAAGAAACUGGUUUUUAUCCCGACAGUGAAAACAUUUGCACAGGUUCUUAUUUCACUUGUGUAAACGGAGUUGCUUACCCUCAGCAAUGCCCUGGUAUUACAGUUUUUGAUCCAGAGAGUGAACUGUGUGUCGAUCUCGAAGUUGCCUCUUGUUACGUGUCUCCCUUCACGUGUCCAUCGUCAGAAGGAUUUUACCCGGUACCUGGAACAUGUGAAAGUAACUAUUACAUCUGCGUUAGUGGAAUCGCUUCACUCACGAAGUGUCCGUUUGAGGCAAUAUUCGAUCCUGUCACUUUUGAUUGCGUUCCGGCUGAUGAAGCUUCAUGCAAUAAACCGUUUAGCUGUCCAUCUCCAGAUGGCCUUUUUCCAUAUCCAGAUGCUUGUUGCGGAAUUUAUUAUAAUUGCGCUGGCGGCCAGAGCACCCUACAGUAUUGUUCUACUGGAUAUUAUUUUGAUCCAGUAGCUCUGAGCUGUGUAUUGGCUGAGGAGGCCAGUUGUUCAACUGGUGGGGGAACAGCUACGCCAAAAACAACUUUAGCUCCGACCACAACAUCAACGUCAACGACACCUGAACCAUUUGUCUGUCCUGGUGACGGUUACUACUCCAUAGGUGUAUCAUGCAGUUCCACUUUCUACAACUGCUCUCUUGGCCAACACACCGAAGAGUCCUGUCCUGGAGGUAUGAUUUUCGUUCCGGACUACUCAAGUUGCGUCUUAUCCACGUACACCACAUGCGCACCUGGUCAAUGGCAUGCUGCCACUCCGGCCUGGAUUCCUGAUGCAAUUCUCCCAGCCGUCUCUUCGACCAAUUUUGUUUGCCCAACAUCCAAUGGUAACUUCAAGUCUACCGGAAAUCGUUUGAAAUUUUGGGUUUGCGUAAACGGACGCGCAGUUCUUCAAAGUUGCCCACCUGGCAUGGCAUUCGACCCUACUGUUGGUGCUUGCAGUUAUCCACAGGAAUGGUAACGUUAAUGACAAAUGCAAUAAUUACAGGUAUACGUCUCUUUUCUUAAAUCUACGAUAUUUCGAAAAUAUGUAUCGCAAAGUGUAAUAAAAUGUUCUG